AUGACUUCUCCGGAUCAGCCGACGAAUCCGCGGGACGUGAUCCGGCGCAUCCGCGCCAACUACCCGAAUGACCCGCGAUCGCCCUUCUACGACCCGUCUGGAGGAGAAAUGAAACCGCUCGCCCGUCUGCACUUGGCAAGACAAAGACUCUACGAGAAGGCUUGCGAGAACAGCGUGGACAACAUACCAGAGGAAGACGACGACCCUUCUGGUGCAUGUGCCGUGACCAGCUGGCUUCCCUGGUCCGAGUGCAGCGUGACCUGCGGCAAAGGCGUGCGGCGCAGGCAGCGCUAUUACCGAGACGAGGCCAAAGCCGAGAUCAUGUCCUGCAAACGGAAACUGACAGACCGCAAUUCGUGCUGGGUACAAGAUUGCAGCAAUGAGGGAGGUGUUGCCCAAACUAAUCAUUUGCAACAAUCUUUGGAGGCUGAUGACGAAUAUAGUACUGGUGAAUGUGCAUUGACACCUUGGUCUGAUUGGUCGUCAUGCAGCGCAAAAUGUGGUCCCGGAAAUAAGAUGCGGUCUCGGAGAUAUCGGCGUCGUGGAGCAAUGAAGCAUUGCCGUGCAGGAAAACCGAGACCUCCAUCCCUCCAGCAAACCGAUGUCUGCACUGGGGAAGAGAAGGACUGCGACCCUCCAGAAGGGACUCUCGAUGUCCCUCCUGGUUGCCCAAUGACCAUGUGGUCAACCUGGUCUCCCUGCUCCGCAACCUGCGGAAAAGGUCACCGAAUGCGCAGCAGAUAUCCCAUAGCCCCGACAGAACAACUUCGCAACUUUUACAAACGGGGACUCACGCACCAAUAUCGAGCACAACAUUGGGACCAGAACUCAAAUGAAGCGAAUUAUGACGAGACUCCACAAGACGAGGAUAAUGACCAGGAUAAUGACGAAGAUGAAGAGGAUGAAAUUAGUGUGGCUGCAUGUGAAGGAGUACUUAGGGUGCAGCAGGUUACUUGUGUUGCUCCUAUUGCUUCGUGCGAAUCGCUACCACCACAUUUGAAAGGACCGUGCAGAGCACCAGGAGUUGAACGCUGGUACUUCAAUUCAGAACGCCAAAGCUGCGAGCCCUUUAUGUAUAGUGGAUGUUACGGCAACAACAAUAAUUUUAAAAAUAAAGAACAAUGCGAAGAGGUGUGUCCGAAGGGACCUGACGUGAAUCUCUUUGGCGAUCUCUCAUCCGACAGUCAAAAAAAAGAACGUCGACUGUACGGGCCUGUCCAGGGCACGCAGUUGACAGGGGAUGGCACCCUGACUGGGUACGACAAGAGCCCUUUAUAUCUGGAAAGCAAGCAGCCGCCGGGCGUCCUCAAGUGUCUGGUCACCAAGUGGUCGCCCUGGAGCGAAUGCAGUGUGACUUGUGGACGAGGCCACAAACAGAAGACGAGAUACAUAACGAGGCAUCCUGUGAACGGAGGCAAGCAGUGCCCGAGCAAAUUACUGAAGCGAAGAACAUGCCGGAGGCCCCCCUGCCCGAACGGCGAGGGGGCCAGAGAGAGCGGCGAAAACAAGGACUUAAUGCCCACAUGGGGACCGGCUAAUACCCACGAUAAUAAUCGCGUAACCGAGUGCAAGCUCUCGCCCUGGUCGGCCUGGUCACCGUGCAGCGCGACUUGUGGGGCGUCUUCGAUGCAAAGACGCACCAGGACGGUUCUUCAAGACGGACACGAAUGUCAGCACAGAGUCGAAACACGUAGCUGCGAAUUAUUCCCUUGCCCACUUUAUUGAUACACAUUUUAUUAAAAUUAGUUGUUAAUAA